UCGAAAAUGUGGUCCGCAUUGUUGCUGUUGUUUUCAAGCCAGAUUGUGUGCUGUGUCCUGGCGGCUGAUUACGAGAUGAUUAUUGAUGAUCCGGAUAUAUUCUCGAAUUGCAAAGAACCACCGCCGGGCGCCGGAAACAUACACAGCCUGUUGAACAUGGACGAGCUGGAGCUCACUCUCGAUGGGGAUACCAUACACAUUGAGGGCAAUGCGACAACUGUUUGGGACAUACAGCCGGGUGAUCGCAUAGCGGCUACCGCGCGCCUGAUGCAAUUGGAUCGUGGCGUCUGGCAGCCGACGGUGUUCAGCAUUGCCACGCAGGACUUUUGCGACAUUAUGUAUGACAAGGAUCAGUAUUGGUACAAAUAUUGGACCAGAUAUGUUAAGAAUGCGUCGGUCAUGGAAAAGAAAUGCGUUCAUCAUAAGGGCGCCAAAUUGAUUCAUGAGCCGUUCGAUCUGAAAAUGGUAUUUACUAAUAUUCGUGGCGCCUCGCUGCAGGGACGCUACAAGGUUGUCGUCAUCAUGGAGGCCUUUGAUGACGAUAAAAAUGUUAAGCGACCCAAGAGCAUUUGUCUGGAGAUAGUAGGUGAUUGUGAGAAGCUAUGAAAAUAUUUGUAUGAAUUGGAAGGCAAUGCGAAUUCAACUUUAUGUAACGAAAACUUAUCCUUAAUAAUACAACUGUAGUUCAAUUAGAAUCGCUAGCAAAAAGUUAAAAAAGCU